AUUAUUUUGGACGACCUGCUUGACACUGAGUAGCACAAAAUUACCAUAUAUAUGUGCCUUUCUGCAUUUGUACUAUUAGAUCUGAAAUGGUUUGUCAGUUUGGUCUGCAUUUUUAAAUGCAGAUUGCUUGAACUGUGACUACUCAGAACCACUGAACAUCGAAUAUAUAGGCUGCAAGGUACAGAGGACUCCACUUGAGUCUGCAUAAAGUAAACAGUAAAAGUAAAGGCCUUAUGUAAAACACUUGACAAAAUAGUGUGGGUGUCUGUUUGAGGUGAUUAUUAACACAGCACAGAGUCGGACUGGGGUUAACAGGAGAUGGAAAUAGAUAUUAGUCUAAUCUGCUUGGAGCACCAGGUGAAUGGUAUGUAAUUGCGCUGUGACAAUUAAACUGUCAGAUAAACUGUUGAUUUGCAAUCAGUAGUAUACUUGACAGUUUAAUCGUCUUGUGAAACUGUCAGGCCCUCUGUGACAGCUGCCACCGUCUAAAAUUUCAUGCACCGUCUCCUCUGGCUAACCUGAUCUGAGAUGACUUUAACAAAAACAUAACAUCUUAAAGGCUCUAUCUCAGGGCUGCACAGAGCCUCUUGUACUGUAAGAAUGCCCGAUUUCAGUUGAAGUGUUUGCUUACAUCAGGAGAGUAUACUGCUCUCUCUGCCUUCCUUCACUCUCUUCUUGAAUAUGGACCAAAUACACCUGCUGAGUUUAUCUGAUCACAUCAAUGAAUCGUAUCUAUGUCCUGAAAUUGAGUCAAUGCUCCAAACUGUCAGCUGUUUGAAUUUAUUAUCCACAAUGGUUGCAUCCCCUUUUUUCAUUUGUUUGUUGUUUGCUGUGAUACAUUUGAAAGCUGCUGUUCUGCUAAGCAGACAUAGCUAAUAAAGUGCCAUGUCGAGCAGAAGAAGCAGGCUUGAAAACCCCCUCUGGCAAUUUGGCUCACUAGACUGAACAAGCAGCUCGCGGUGCAGAUUAUCCAUGUCAAUGGAACAGAAAAUGAGAAUCGGGAUUUGCAAUGUAUCUGACAGCAUGGAGGUUAUGAGCUUCCAGCUGAAGGUAGAGUCUUUGUAUUUGACUCUCUCGGUUUUACAUUUCAUGUGGCCUAUCAUUUCAACGGCUGAAAAACUCAUCGCUUUCAAAGUCAAGGUGGAAUCGCUUCCAUGUUGAUAUUACAAAUGAACACCUUUAAAAUAAGAUUCACACAUAGUGGAAAAAGAGCCCUGUAAGAUAAAAAAAACAAAAAACUUCCCUCCAAGAAAUCACUGUACAAACAAACCAGAUGUUGCUCAACCAGUACUCAAGCAAGGGUGGUGCACUUCAGUGACAGAUAAGAGCUCAGGAAAAAACAGUUUGAAUGCUUUCGACAUUGGACAUAAUAACUUGGGUGCAACAACAAGGGUGCAACAUAAUGCAUUAGCCUUGCAACAGAUACAAGAAAACAGUGUGUGGCAGCUUUUAAUGUUCAAUUUUCAUUUACAAUGUGUCGUCUGUGUGUGCGUGCGUGCGUGUGUGCGUGCGUGCGUGAAAGCUGGUGUGCAUUUAUAUGUUGCAAGUGCAAUGAAAUUGUUUAUUUGACAUGUGCGCAAGUAACAUUAAAAAAUAUAUCAUAUGAAUAAAUGAGCGGUUUAUAUUGUAGUUUUAGUUCUCAUGAACUGAUACCAAAGGUAUCCUUAUCCUAAAGGAAAUGUUUUGAACGUAGGGUACUAUAGAAUUGUAGGUAUACUAUAAAAUCUGCAAAAUUUAACAUUUUAUUAGCUACAUUAAAAACUAUGAUAUAAAAAGUAUGAUAAGGUUUCUGCAAGCAGACAUGUGACUGCUUGCAGAUGUUAAACUGCAAACAUCUAGCGUAAAAAUCCCAGUCCGAUGUUUCUGAAUGUUGUGUUGUAGACCUACUCGGACAUACUGUACAUGAUGGAGUUGUAAUAUUGUGCUCAACGCGUAAACAUACAGCAGGCCUACAUAGUAGAGAAAGCUGCGGAACUCGCGUCUCUCGGACAGCCCUCUGAUUGGUCCCCGCUGGUACAAAGGCGGGGCUCGCGGCUGUGGGCAUUUCACAAAAUCAGCCACCACGCCGCUCGGGCUUUCAUUGACUACGGAUCUGUCGAGUUAACCUGACCUCUCUACGGUUUUUUUUUUUUUUAUUGCUGCGCGUAUGUACUUGCGUUUUGUUUUUCUUUUAGAUUCACUACAUGCGUAAAGUGUUUUCUUAAUCGUGCAGUCUCGAGGUGCGCGGACGAGCUCCUCUCGCUGAACUUUUUUUGUUGUGUUUUUUUAUUUUUUUUUGCACAACCUACCUGAGUUGCGUUUCCUCUUCUGCACGCCUCCACUCCUCUCCACCAUGGAUUUGGUCUGGAUUGUGGGCUUGGUCGUGAGCGUCUGCGCCUGGUUCGCUUCAGCGGAGCGGCACAGCGUCUACUGGAACAGCACGAACCCCAAGUUUCUAUGGGACGACUACACCGUGGAGGUGAAGCUCAACGACUACCUGGACAUCGUCUGCCCCCAUUACCCUCAGGGUGAGGUGCCACUGCUGGAUGCCGAGCGAUACGUGCUCUACAUGGUGGAGCGCGAGGACUAUGACUCCUGCAAGCCCCAGUCGUACGACCAGAUGCGCUGGGAGUGUGGCCAUCCGUUUGCUCCUCAUGCCCCCGAGAAGUUCUCGGAGAAGUUCCAGCGGUUUACUCCGUUCACUCUGGGAAAGGAAUUUCGGCAGGGAGAAAGCUACUAUUAUAUCUCCAAACCUUUGCACCACCAUGGACAGGAGUGCCUCCGGCUCAGGGUGGACGUCGUAGCUGCUGAUGGCUCUCAAGAGGCCAGAGUGGCUAAAGGAGGCACAGCUGGGGCUGAGGCCGGAGCCGGGGGUGGGGUUCACAACCCGUCCAAUAGACUGCCUGCAGAUGACCCAGUGGUGAUCCUGCCAGACGUCCAGAAGAGUGUACGGUCAAACUCUGUGGCGGCGGCUGCGUCCCUCACAAUUCUCUCACUGCUGGUCCCAUCUUCAUUACUGCUAUUGUUGCACUAAGAGUACACGAAAGGACUGCUGUCGGCAGACUUUCUUUUCAGGGACUACAAUGAACACAGUCCGUGGGGAUGAGACCACUGACUCAAAAAGACAGUUUUCCAUGCCCAGUGCUGGCCACCGGGAGAGACUUUUGAAGCUUGUAAAGUACAGAUGAACUCGCUGAGUAACUCCUGAGCAUUUGAGACAAAGUACAUGUGCUUCGUCUUAUAUUUCAAAAGGGUUUUUUUUUUGUUUUUUUUUCUUGGAAAGACCAAGCUCUCCUUGAUUUGUAUUUCUUUAGGGCUCUCUCCAAAAACAUAAAUACAUGAACUUGUUUGGAGGAUAACCCUAGAACAAAAUAUGAAGCCGAUUUAAAGAGGGACCUAAAGUGGCCGAAGAACAAUCGGGAGCAAAGACACCAACUCUGUUUGAAUUCUAUAAAUUUAGAUGGGAUGAAUCCACAUUCUGUGGAAAAGUAAUCUCUCACCUUUUUGAGCCAAAGAUCAGUCAUCUCUCCAACUUGUACACUAUUCCACCCUUGAGUACUGUGUGUUACUUGUUGUAUUGUUAUCGUAAUGGUAUCAAGUGGCAUUUGGUGUCCCAAGUGAUUCCUUUCUCUAAAUGUAGCAUUGACAGACUUGGGGGGGACCGUUCUCAUGACUACCAAUCCUCUGCGAACUCGACCAUGUGCUUAUAUACUGUAGCACUACUGCUGCACAGUACAGACACAACAACAUACACCCCAUUACAGUGUCUCACACACACACACACACACACACACACACACACACACACACACACACAUCGGAUGACAUGAGACAUGAAAACACACUACAUCGAACUGUGUUGCAUGUACAUUCUGUGAAGAUAAUUUAUACCAUUUGCAGCUGAGAAGUUUUACUGUGUAUAUACCAUGUGCUCACAAAGACAAAUGUUUACUGUUGGCUACAGGAGAGCUUCUCUCUCCGUCUCCUGGUAGAGUUAGUAUUUGUGUGUGAAAGGGCAAACGUGUGAGAGUAAGGAGGGAAAAAAAGGAGCGAUUGAUUGAAAGAGUGACGAGACAAAAUGUUUUUCUGCCAAAAGCGAACACUGAGAUGUUGUGUGUUGCGGAGAGGCUGGACUUCUCUGUUUGUUGGAUCUUGCCGCUGUAUUGGUUAAGCUGUCUAACAUGGAGUGCUGGUAUCUUUUUAUUACUACGGGACCCCGACCCUGUGUAUCAUGGUGCUUUCCUCUCAUGUUUUCAACACAAAGUUCAGUUAUUUCGACCUAAUAAUUCCCACAGUUUUGGAUGAUUUGAAAAUGUUCUAGUCACCAGUUCACAAGAGACGAGACACGGCAUCAAACCAAGUUGCCCGAGCACAUCUUCACCUGACAGGCUGGCUUGACCAACAAAGCACAACGGUGUAUGACUACCAUUGAAGUCGGUCUUUUUUUUUAAUCUGAAUUCUUGUUUCCUAAUUUUGUACAUGUGUAAGUAAGAA